AAUCUGUCUCGCUGAUAAGAGAAGUUAGGGCUCCUCCUUCCAACGUCGGUUAAGUAAUAAUUUUCCGAUCUGUACGUAUGGCGGCAGAGCAGAAGGCGACGACAGAAGAAGUAAAGAUGGAUCUGUUCGAGGACGAUGAUGAGUUCGAGGAGUUUGAAAUCAACCAAGAUUGGGUGGAGAACGAGGAGCAAGUGAAGGAAGUUGGUCUGCAAUGGGAAGAUGACUGGGACGAUGAUGAUGUCAGUGACGACUUCUCGCAUCAGCUAAGGAAGGAACUUGAGACCAUUUCUGCUGAUAAGAAAUGAGGUGUUCAUUUGAAUUGCUUCUUACCUCCUCAAGUUCUAUCUUUGAUGAUAAUAAAUCUCGACUUUUAUGAUUGCAUUUUCUCUGAAUGUGUUUGCCUGGUUAAGUAUGUUUUUAAUGUUAGAUAGCUCAACGUUAUUGA